AAACAAAAAUCGACAUUGAACAUAUAACGUCGUUUAAAAUUCAAAAAGCUGCAGUCUCUGCCUGACGUAAAUCAGAGUGCCGUAUUGCAGUUGGUGUUGUGUACAGCUGAAGAGACAGCAGAAUGUGGAUCAUCAAAUUAAAUAGUUUAGCCGCUGUAUUAGUUUUUGUAGGACCGUAUAGCACAUUUGCUCUUCAGGAUGUAACUGUGGACCUUUUCGGUGCCGAAAAUUACGGGACGGUGGCAGCGUUCGGGGAUUUUAACUCGGAUAAACAGACGGACAUCUUCAUCAUCAGAGAACAGUCUCAGUUGGUGAUUUUCUUGGCUGACCCGAAAACCCCUUACUUCAAACCCAAAAUCAAUAUCACGAAAGACCUUUUGCCAAGGGACACCAUCAUCACCAGUGUGGUCCCUGGAGAUUAUGAUGGCGACUCACAGAUGGAUGUCCUUCUUACAGCUCAGACCAGCCCAACAAUAACAACAGUUUUCAUCUUCUGGGGGAACAACCGGACAUUAGAUAUGAGUGGUUGGAUGACUCUGAACAAGACCUUCACAGAUCAACCUCUUGUUAUGGAUUUCAAUGGGGACAUGGUUCCAGAUAUUUUUGGAUCCACCAACCAGGGAUCUACAGAAGUUUGCUAUCUCACCAAAAGGGUCCAAGAUUGGCGGAAUGCACUGAGUUCACCUGUCAAAAUGCGUGUCCCUCACUCUAAUGCUUUCAUUGAUCUCAGCAAGGACUUCACCGCUGAUUUAUUCCUGACAACUGAAGGCCCAGCAUUUGAAACCUGGCUCAGCAGGGACGGGAAUUUCACCAGAGUUGAAGUCAUGCCAGCACAUCCGCCGGUCAGCACUGUUGGACAAUCCUCCUUUGUCGACUUUGAUGGUGAUGGCUACCAGGACCACCUUCUCCCCGUGUGUUUGGAGAAGACCUGUCAACACAGUGCCAUCUACUUGGCCAAGUCCGGCUCACAAGAGUGGGUACCAGUACUGAUGGAUUUCCAGCAGAGGGACACAACUUGGAGCUUUGUGCUUGGGAAACCCAACCAACCUCUGACCCUGCACCUUGGUGACUACAACUUGGAUGGCUUCCCUGAUGCUCUAGUGAUCCUUCGCAACACCAGCGGCAGUGGUCAACAGGCCUUCUUAUUGGAGAACGUUCCCUGCACAAACAUCAGCUGCCACAGCGUCGGAAGGAUGUUCCACAUCCACUGGGACCAGUCAGAUUUGGGAGCCAUCCAAAAUGCCGUUAUGGCAACGUUCUUUGACAUCUAUGAGGAUGGUAUAUUAGACAUGCUGGUUCUGAGCCAGGCACCAGGCAAAAAUGAUUUGAUCAUCCAUGCUUUAAAGAACAAUUUCGAAGCUGAUGCCUACUUCGUUAAAGUGAUGGGUAAGUGGCUGAUUAUCCCAGUGUUCUUAUUUCCCUCCUGUCACAUAACCUAAGGCUGUUCUCUCCCCCUCAUAGUCCAACUUCAAUCACUGAAAAUGAGCAGCUUUUCCUAGAAAUCAGAUGGUUACGAUGCAUUUUUCUGUUAUAUUAUUUAGAUUUACUUUUGGUGGUGAAAAGGAACUUCCUGUGUUUUCUCU